AUGUUUGGACAAAUGUGGGAAAAUGAGGGGGGAAUAGGAUUUGUCAUAUGUAAUAUUAAAUGUGGUUGGUGUGUACUGUUUGAUAUAUUGAAAAGACAAAAAGUCAAAAAAGAGGCAGCGAUGCUUCCGUUUGAUUUGAAUAGUUGGAUGGAUGUCACAAGAUUAAUUAUGUUGACCUUCUUUCGUAAUUGA